AUUGCUCAGUCGUGGAUUGCUGAAGUUGAACACACAGUGUUUCGGUAGAACUAAAGUUUAACAAGUGAAUCGUAAUCAUAUUCGCAUAUUUUCGAUUGUAAUUGUGCAUUUCAAUCAAAACAAACAACGAAAAGAAAUCUCAGUGUGCCUGUGAAAGUUUAAGUGAACAAUAUAGUACAUAAUAAAUAGAGUUUAAUUGCUAAAAGACUGCAAGAUAACAAGUUUUUGUGACGAUUUGAGUGGUUUCAAAUUGACUUUGACGUCACUAGAGGCGACCAAUCGCUUGGCGCCGAGGAUUAUGUAGUAAAUGCGUAUUCAGAUGUUUAUAAUUUUAUAAACAACUGCUGCUGGAAUCAGAUGUUGAAUGGGGACCACGUGAGCUACAAUUAUGCUUUUAAAAUGUACCGCCGAUGGAAGACGCAUCAAAGUCAACGGGGCACCGAUCAGCCAGGGCAAUGUGGCGAGAGGCAUGAAAAUGACAAUGUCCACAUCAGCCACGAUGAGCGCCCGCGUGCACAGGAAGGUCAUGCGCGCGCCGCAUAAGCGAGCCCACCCCGGCAAAAUGCUCCACGCCGGCAAGUUGGUCCAUCCCGGGAAAAACGCUCACCUUGGCAAGUUCGGCAAGAUGGGCCACUACACGCACACACACGUCCGCCCCCCGGACACCUGCGAGAACAGCAACGACAGCGGUCUCGGCCCGGACCCCGUCACCAGAUUGUCCGACGCGGCCGACGAGUGGGAGACGGCUCGCGCGCCGGGCGCCAAGCGUCGGCGCGAGGCCGACGACGUAAAGCGUGAGUGCGACGACGCCAACGACGCGUACACAUUCGCGCCGCCCGCGCCCCCGCCCGCCGCGCCCGCCGCACUCCCCCUCCCCGCAAUCAGAGCGGGCUGCAGCAUAUCUAGUCCAAGUAUAACGGAGACGCCGGGCAAGCGGCUCCAAGACCCCGCGUACAGAUCCUGCGGGAAGUUCGGCAACAGUGGGAAACUGGCCAACAAGUACGCGGCGGGGGGUAAACUGGGCGGCAAGUUGGGUGGGAAGCUGGGCGGCAAGUAUGGAGGGAAACUUGCGCAGGCGCUGGCGAGGCGAAGGGCACUGGCGGCCAUGACACACCCUGGCCCGCCGGGACUUUCGGCGCCACUGUCCUACAAGUCCAGAGAUGGCGCCGUUGAGCUGCAGAUCCUGUGCCAGCCGGAAACGCAGCACAGAGCAAGAUACCAGACAGAAGGCAGUCGUGGAGCAGUCAAAGACAACUCAGGGAACGGGUUUCCGGUUGUCAAACUAGUUGGUUAUGACAAACCUGCUGUAUUACAGGUGUUCAUAGGCACAGACACGGGUCGCGUGGCGCCACAUAUGUUUUACCAGGCGUGCCGCGUCUCCGGCAAGAACUCCACCCCCUGCAAGGAGCGGAAGGAGGACGGUACCGUGGUCAUCGAGAUAGACCUGGAACCAGGCAAGAACUGGCAGGUCACCUGCGACUGCGUCGGCAUACUCAAGGAACGCAACGUGGACGUAGAGCACCGCUUCGGCGAAACCCUGGGCGGCUCCGCGCACGCCACUCGCGGCAAGAAGAAGUCCACGCGCUGCCGCAUGGUGUUCCGCACGGAGAUAAUGGACGCCAGUGGCCAGCCGGAGACGCUACAGGUCUGCUCCACGCAGAUCAUAUGCACACAACCGCCCGGCGUGCCGGAAGUGUGUCGGAAGUCGUUGGUGUCGUGCCCCGCCACGGGGGGCUUGGAGCUGUACCUGUUGGGCAAGAAUUUCCUCAAGGAGACCAGGGUGGUGUUCCGGUUGCAGCAGGACGGUGGCAAAUGGGAGGAGGAAGUCGCCCCGGAUAAGGAGUUCUUACAGCAAACGCACCUGGUGUGCUGCGUGCCGCCAUACCAGCGCGCCGAUAUCACAGAGGCGGUGUGCGUGCAGCUGUUCGUGCGGUCGGGCGGCAAGGCCUCUGAGCCGCACCUGUUCUACUACACGCCCGGCGCCGCGCCCGGCCCGCUACACUGCACCACGCACCCUGCGCACGCGCACCACACAGGUGAUGAGCGAACCCUGCCCGUGUGCUGGGGCGUGGGCGGCAUGGGCACCCUCAUGCCACCGCCACAGACUUCUACCAGACGGCCCUCCAUUAUCGUUCCCGAUCCUCACUCGCCACUCGGACUUAAAAGUGAGGUGGCGGAUGAAUCGAGUCAGCACUCGCUGAUCGAGGGCGCGGAGGGCUGCGGCGAAGACAAGCCGCUGGCGGACGACCUCCGCGUCAUGGACCUGCGACUCAAAUCGGAGGCCAUCUCCAGGGAUGCACAGCAGGUGGGACUGGUGGGCGGCUACGACGCCAUGAAGCUGUCGCCCGGCACGCCGGCGCAAAGCGAGUCGCCGUCGCCGCUGGCGUCCUUCACGCAGACGCUGCAGGCCAUCCAGAACCAGGUGCAGACCGACAAGAUGGUGGAGUCGGUGACCGCCGCCAUCUUCAACAGCGACCCCGCGGCGCAGAUGUACGCGGAGCCGCCCAUGAGCCCGCUGGACCCCAUGCGCCUCAUGGCGGCCAAGGCCAUGGACGCCGACAUGAAGGCGCUGAGCCCGCAGCGCCUGCUGGCCUACGAGCCGCCGGCCGACAGCUUCAACCCCUUCGGCGCCAUGACCAAGAUGGAGGCGGCGCACAUCUCGCAGCGCCUGGCGCGCCAGAGCGCUCACAUGGAGGCGCUGGUGGAGGACGCCAUGAAGGCCACGGCCGCCAUGCUGCCCGCCGACGCCGCCAAGCUGGACGCGCUGGUCAACUCGCGCGCCGAGGACCACCUGUCGGGCUCCGGCUCGCCGCUGCCCAGCCCCGCCGCCGCGCCGCCGCCCGACGAGCUGCUCAUGCUGCCCGACAUGCCGUCGGCCGUCAAGACGCCGCCCGCCGCCGUCAAGUCCAUGAUCCUCAACGCGGCGGCCGAGAUCCUCACGUCCGACUCCACCAUGAACGCGCUGGUCACGUCGGCCAUCAACACGGCCAACAUCCUGUCCACCGAGAGCGGCGGCGGCUGCGGGCUGGCCGACGCGUCGCCGCCCGCCGAGCCGGCCGCCAUGUCGCAGGCCGUGUCGGCGGCCGUGACGCAGGCCGUGUCGCAGGCCGUGUCGCACGCCGUGUCGCAGGCCGUGUCGCAGGAGAUGGCGGCGCCGGUGCAGGGCCUGACGGGCAUGAGCGACCAGGACCUGCUGUCCUACAUCAACCCCAGCACCUUCGACCAGGUGUAAGGGGCGGCCGCACUGAUGCAUUUCUAGCGAGUACCGGGCUCAAAGCAGUUUUGAUAUAACUUAUUAAUAGGUGUCACUAGUGUAGUACAGAGGACGAUACACACUGGGGCCAGGGCGGGAGUAUUCCGGCGCAGAAAUGGCCAAUAAUGAAUCUGUGUAGUAACGAUUGGAUGACUUAAAAAAUGGCAUUGAAAUCUUAACUAAAAAUCAUCGCUUAGCUAACAAUACCACACAAAUCAAAUUGUCAUAGUUCUUAGGAGAUAAAACAGCUCUCUUAUUAUCGUAUCCAGCCAGUAAUUGCAUGACAAAUCUGUCUAUAAUUUUUAAAAUAAAGGUUUUAUAGCAAUAUGGAUGUGCUUAUAACCGAUAUAAUUUUUUGCAUAAUAAGGUUAGAGUGUUUUUGUGCGUCCUGAGAACUUUGGUUAUUUCAAUUGCGCGGUAUUGUUUGACAAGCGACGAAACAUAAACUUGUGAUGCUAAAUUUGAAGCUCUUCUGCUCUUAACUUGACCUUUUAUAUUUUGAGUUAACAAGAUCUUUCAACAAAUUGCAUUCAGUGUUAUAUUAAAUUUACUCGCGGCCUUGAAUAGGAUGAUAUUGUGUUUCAACCAAAUCUAAAUAAAAUUUCUCCCUGAUCCACUGCCGCCCCGACUCCCGUGUGCCUAGUGCUUAAGCCAAUAUAAUCUCUAUGUGUGCCCGCAUAUGUUUGUCUUUACGUUGCGGUGCCCGAUAAGGUUCCAAGAAGUGGUCAAGUGCCGAAAUAUUUUUUCUGUCUCACAUUAACUGUGAAAUUUUGCGUCUGAACUUAUGAUACAGUUAUAAUGGAAUUUCAGGGUCCAAGUCUUAAAGUAGAACUAUCGAUUAUCAUAGUAAAAAGGUAGGAAGAUUUCGGUACACCCCAAAAUGAAUAGUUGAAGAGUUCACCACAGAAAAUCGUGAUUGUCGGGCACCCGUAACAUUAUGUAGUGACGAGUGGGUCAAUUCAUACAUGUGACAGUAUUACAGGGCAAAUGAUAAAAGGAAUUUAUACGGCGAACGCUGCAAACCACCAGCGGAUUUUUCUUAUAUGUCGAUUGACCUAGACACGAAACAAGAUUCAAAUUUUUACGCUAUAAAAUGAAAUACAAUUAUUUAAUUAACUGAAGUAGUGCAAAUCAAUUUGAAAUUAAUAUUUUUUUUAUAACCAGACGAGUAGUUAACAAAAAGAACACUAAAAUCAUGAUUUAUAAAGGCUAUGUUUUAAUUAAACGAUAUUUUUUUAAUCUAGCAUUAAAUAUUUUUAUCAU